AUGGCUGAAGUUCUUUCACCGAUUACUCGACAAGUACGCAGGGGAAGAUGCGACACCAGAGCCCGAACUGUGGAGGUCGAUCUGAAAGAAGUGGAGGACUGUUUGAUUUACGAUCGGCGCGGACACGCUUUUCCUUUCAAGAGUUUAUACCAAGACAGAAAAUCCGUCAUCAUUUUCGUGCGGAACUUCUUGUGCUACAGCUGUAAAGAGUAUGUUGAUGAUUUGAGCAAAGUACCUAAACAAGUUCUGGAGGAUGCUGGAAUCCGACUGGUUGUGAUUGGUCAGUCUGCUUUCUGCCAUAUAGAGCCUUUCUGCUUGCUGACGGGGUAUCCUCAUGAAAUGUAUGUGGACCCAGAAAGGUGCAUUUACCAAAAACUUGGGAUGAAGCGAGAGCAGACGUUCACAGACUCCGCACACCCCAGUCCCCAUGUGAAGUCUGGUUUGUUGGCGGGCCAAAUAAAGAGCAUUUGGAGGGCAAUGACCAGUUCCGCUUUUGACUUUCAGGGCGACUUGCGUCAGCAAGGUGGAGCCAUCAUCGCAGGACCUGGCUCUGAAGUUCAUUUUUGUCACUUUGAUAUGAACCACUUGGAUCACAUGCCCAUCCCUUGGCUCCUCCAGCUCGCUGGAGUACAACAGACUCUGGACUUCAGUGAUAAACCAAAGAUCAUCCACGUGUAG